CGUGCCCCUAGGUAUUUAUAACAUUUCUUUCUUUUCCCCCCUUUGACCUGCCAGAAAAUCAAUCAUGUUCAUAAUCAACCAAAGCCAGCUCUGGUAUUAUAUAUCGGAGAUUCUUCUCGCUGUUAUUUUCCUAAGUGGCUUGGGAAUAGCGGAGACUGCUAAUUGGACAUCAUUUCAAUCAAGACCGGAUAUCCAUGCCCCCAUAUUGAACAUCAAUGUCAACAAUGAUGCACUUACAAGCAAAGGCUACAUCUUCCUUGCUCCAUUUUUCAUAGACAAGCCUGGUCCUUUCAUCUUCGACACUAGCGGGAACCUGGUUUGGAGUGGAGUUACUAGUCCAACGCCCAACAUCACGCAUAAUCUUCAUGUUUGCAACUAUCGCGACGAAGACCAUCUCUGUUAUUUCCAGGGGAUUGCGGCCAUUAGCUAUGCUCUAGGCAAAACCUUUAUUUUGGACUCCAACUAUGAACUCCAAACGAGUGUCCAGAGCGGCAACGGGCUUACAGAAAGUGAUCUGCAUGAAUCAAAAGUUGUCGAUGGAGACUCAAUGUUGAUCACCAUCUACCAGCCGCGACAAUAUAAUCUGGAAGCGUACGGCAUUCCUGAUGGAUCUGGCUGGGUCAUGGAUGGGGUCUUCCAGGAGAUCAACAUCACCGAUGGGAGUGUCCUUUUUGAAUGGAGGUCGCUCGACCAUGUUGCCCUUUCAGAGACUUAUACUCCUCUGAAUCAGAGUAUCGCGGUGGGUAACGGCUUGAAUGAAACCACGCCUUGGGACUAUUUCCAUCUUAACUCGGUGGAUAAAAAUGCCCAAGGUGACUAUCUUAUCUCAGCCCGGCAUACCAGCUGCAUCUACAAGAUCUCAGGCCAAGAUGGUGCGGUGAUGUGGCGACUUGGUGGCAAACAAUCCUCUAUCCAGCAGAAGAAUUUCAACUUCUCAUACCAGCACGAUGCUCGCUAUCGUGAAGAGAACGAAACCACCACCAUCAUUUCCCUGUUCGACAACGCGGCCAUCGAAGGUGCGAGCACGGCACUCACCUCUUCCGCCAUGGUCGUCACCAUCGACCAUCCAACCAACUCCUCCGCCAUGAUCCGACAAUACCUGCCUCCAGAUAAUCUGCUUUCCAAAAGCCAAGCAAAUGCCCAGCUUCUCGAUUCCAAAAAUAUGUUUGUCGGAUGGGGCGACAACCCGGUGAUCACCGAAUACGUGGAAAAUGGCACACUCGUGUAUCACGCCCAGUUGACCCAGGAAGACGCCAAUAAUUAUCGGGCGUUUAAACACAAGUGGACCGGAACGCCACGAGAACCGCCGGCCUUGGCGACACAUGCACCAACGGUCAACUCGCCCACGAUCUUUUGGGUUAGUUGGAAUGGCGCUACAGAGGUACAGUCGUACCGGUUCUAUGGCACAUCUUCGGCAUCAGAUCAGUUUGCUUUCUUGACUGAAGUAAACCAGCAAGGCUUUCAGACCACAUAUACGAGUCCUGCAUAUCACCCACUUGCAUAUGCUGAGGCUAUUGGCCGUGAUGGUGUCAGCUUAGGAAAUUCCUCGGUUGUCACUAUCUCUUCAUCGGUGCCAGGGAAGUUGCAAGGUUAGAGCCCAGUAGUUGUUCUUAUAAUUCCUAUCAAUGGUAGGAACCUUAUUUCAUGAUAUUUAAUACUGUUGUUAUAUAUGGGUUAUGCCUCUUUUCUUGUCUUUGUUUCUUUAACUGUUAUUUUGUUGAUUUCAUAUACGACUACUCCCAUGUAAAUUAAUUAAUAACCCAGUUGUUACCACCUUCUGUCGCCAAUUAAUUCAAACCAUGAAAAUCUUAGAAUCAGUAUCGAUUUUCGAGAUAAUUAAGAAAUGGAGGUCGAGUAUAAUCUAUAGCUGACACCCUUUCCCUGGUAUUAAUAAGCUGGUAUGAAAGGACUUAAAAUCAGAUAGGGAUGAGAUAAAAAGGAGAUCCCACGAAAAAAAAAAAAAAA